ACUACGUUCCAAAAUAAUUGAAAGACUGAUGCGCGAAGGCUCAAGUGCCGAUGAACCGUUAAACAUACCGUUGUCUGAUUAUUCCAGCGAUGAGGGCAACUGCAGCUCCAGUUCCGAUAAUGAAGGCAAACAUUCAAUAACAGCGUCGGACUUAGAAGGCCCUUGUUGUGCACCCACCCGGGCACCACCAAGUUCGCCUGAGGUCAUGCAUGAGAUUCGCAAGUUUCGUGUACGACGUAUGCACAAGGUGAUGCAUGUUUUGGACCAAAUAUACUUUUCGCCGGUUCUUCAGCGGAAGUUCAAGGCGCUUGUACGACUUAAACGACGUCGACAUAAAUUGGGAUGCAAGUCAAACAGUUUUAAGCGUGUUACUGAUGGCGGUAGUGAAAAGGGUCCAAGUUCACCCAACGGAAUUGUUAAUGAGAAACUUACGGCCAGCGAUAUAUUCGAACGAUCUGAAUUUACCACUAAAAUAAAACGACCGUCAGCAGAAUCCGAAGUGGAAUCCGAGAGCAAUAAAUCUAAGACCUCGGAUUUAGUAACAGAUGUUGAUAAUGAUUCCAUUCAGAUCAACAAACAGCAUCUCUCCCGUAAGCGAAACAAGAAAAAGAAACACAUGCCCACAGAAAUGGGGAAAUCUAAAGUAUUAAAUCGCAAAAUGCGCAUUGAUCGCAAUUUGCGACUUUGGCUGGCAAACAGACGCAUUUUUAUUUUUCGACGGAAGAAGAACCGACGGCAACGUGUGCGCAGUAAGCCCCCAAAGAAACGUGGCGAAGUGGCACGCACUGCACUAGAUUUGCCAACGACAGACCCAGGAUCAGAUCUGCAUUUCUCUACAGACGAUGAGGAGCUAUCGCCGGUAACAGGCAACGUAGGAUUCGGGGUAGUCGCUCCACUACGGCACACUUUACUUCAGAGCGAGUUGCAGCGUCGUUAUAUUGAAGAAAUUGGCGAUAUUGUUGUGCAGAAACCUAAGCCCACGCUUCAUCAUAUGCCGCCAGAGUUGAUAGUAACAACGCCGCCAAAGUUGACGGGACCCGGCGGCGGCGGCGCCGAUAAAAAGUUGGAAGUUUACAAUCUAACGCCGCGUACUGCUCCCGAGCGGCAACAACAAGGGGAAGACAGUCAGCUAAAUAGUCAUUUUAUCGCUAAAAACGCUCGACGCACUUUCUCUUGGCAUAAUCUCAAUCAAGAAAACGGACAUGCCAGACAGAAUUUAUAUACCAGCGAUCCCAAGCCGAUCAUGAAGAUGCAGAGGGCGCCACCACGAUGCACUUUACCCAGCAACUUUAUACCACUUGCACAGCAAAGACAUGGAACUGCCGGCAAUGCUGACGAUUUACAUCUGAAACUAUCAUUAAAGAAGAAGAUUUGGAUGGGGGCCCAUGUGGAACCAGAUAACCGACCGCUGGCUUGGUACAAGGGUCAUCAUCAAUCCAAGGCACAUGCUCAAGCAGGCAAAAUAAUGGCUUCAGCAGCAGCAGCGGCUACUUUUCGUAAAUCAGGAGGAGGUGGACAGGGACAGAUGCGGACAGAUAUGUUUGCUGCAAGCAAUAAGCUAUCAUUGACAUCUGGCGGGGGAAGAGCCGCAAUGCCGCCCACUGCAGGGUUACCCUCUACUUAUAUGGGUGCACCGCGUAGGCCUCGCAAAUUAGAGCAGAUGGAUUUGUUCAACGCCUGCUCACAAAAGCUGCUGCUGUGGCAGCAGGAACACAAGAAGUUGCAGCCAAUACAUCAUGCGCGCCUUAUGGGUGGCACCACAGUCACCAGCGCCAAGCUAGAGAACGCGCAGGUGAUGCACGGUUGUGGUAAGCCCAAAGUGAGAACCAAAACAGGCAGCUGCAGUGAAGUCGUCCAUGUUAAUAUUAAUGUUAAUGGAUCUGAGUCGGUUGGAACGGGAACGGCAAAGGGCAAGCGAAAGUCAAGUGUAAUCAAAAUAGCGGAGACAACACAAUUGCUUACACGGUUUUCACGGACACGUAACAAUAUUGGAGUCUCUUCCAACGCUAUUGUACAGAAAAAGCAACUUACGCAGAUGCAACGCUUAAUAUUUAAGAGUCAGCCGGGGAGUGUAAGUGAGCAAAUGCAAAAUGCUUCUGCCGAUGGUUGCGUACAACAACACCAACAGAAACAACAACAACAUUCCGUUCAUAGUAGAAGAACAACCGGUAAGUUUAAGACUGGCGGCAUUGUGGUUACAGCAGUGCAACAGUCGGCGGCUAACAACACAACAGGAAGUGGUUGUGUUUCAAGGCGAAUACGCCAUUCCAGUGGCAUGCACAAAAAAUGUGGAAGUAGCGGGGAAACCGACGGUGCAGUCAAUAUGCUGCAGCAAUAUCGCAACAGCAGCUCCGUACAAAUGAGUAACAAACCCGCAGCGGCCAUUUCACUGGAUACCGCUAGUCUUGUACGUAAGGUCAAGACCAAGUUGAAGAAACGCAAGUCUCGCACUCUGGCAAAUGCCGUCGCUACCGCAGUGGUUAAAUAAAUGAAUGAAAGCAUCAUAAUUAAUACACUUGGACAUUCCUCAGCCUCCUUCUGGCCAACAGCGUAAAUAGCGCCGUCUCUUAUACAGCGAGACUCUAUGUAUUUGUAUGUAACAUUUGUUUCAGACCCAAAUUUUAGUCAAAUCAACAUAAACUUAUACUUAUAUAUAAUUCGCGGUCAUAGCAUAUAUAAACAAUAAUACUCUUUGAAUAAGCAAAAUGUCAGCAAAUGAGCAAAAUUUAUGAGGCAUUAUUUACACACACUUAUUAUUCAAAAAUGAAUUAUUUAAGAACAGGAUAUUAACUAUUUUGGCCACUUCCUCUUUUAUAUUAAAAUUUGCAAUAAAAAUUACAAUUGUUUUGA